UUCUCGACCAGCAACGCAGACAGCUCACUAGAAGUGCAGGGGACAGUUAAUUAAAAGCGUCGUCUCCAGCACUUCGUCGCCUCAGCAUGAGACUGGGUUUCACUUGAUGCAGCUGCCCCUCACGGCCGCUCCUGCCUCCGCCGAGACCCCUCCUUCAACACGUGCAGGACCACUGUCUUGACGACGCGUAACUCCACACAGCGACGCGUCUGCUGUUCGCAACACGCCACGAGCUCUCACACGCCGAGCAGUGUUCAAAAAGCAUCCCGGUCGCAGCCCCAGCUCUGCGGGGUAAACACUAUCAUCCGACAACAAACACCAUCGACGACACACCACCUCCAACCAACCUCCACACAACCACAACCAUGGCUCCAGACCUCAACUCCGUCCCCGUCUCGCCGCGCCCAAGCGCCUCGCACUCCACCACCACCUCCCGCCAACCCUCCGCCCCCACCUCCCGCCGGCCCUCGCAAAUGAGCCCCCCCGCGCUCCCCCUCUCACCCAACACCGCCUUCCCGCCCCUCUCCCCCGCCGAACCGCACGCGCCCACGCGCCACCCGCGCCCCAUGACCGCCGCAGAACUGCACCUCGAGCUCGAAAAAGAACAAGAAGCCGUCGUCAACAGACUCACCCGCGAGCUAUCCGUGCUGCGCGCGCACUCAGCCUCCGUCGCAUCAACGGGCUCCAGCGCAUCCGCGAUCGUUGGGGGCGAGGAGGCCGUGCCGCCGCUGGGCGCGGAGCGCAGGCACAGGAGCAGCAGCAGCGUGUCGCGCGCCGCGCUGGGCACGGCGCACGGGCACGCGUACGGGCUCGCACACGGCCACGCACACGGCCACGCCCACGCGCCCAGCUCGACGCCGAGCGUCAGCGUCAGCGCAUCGUCGUCCGCGCGCCAGAGUCUCAGCGGCCCGCCGGCGGGUCCGCAGGGCGGCGUGGAGAUGCGGCGCAGCAGCAGCAUUGUGGCGACGCCCAGGUACGAGGAGGUUGCGCUGCAGCGCGCGGAGCUGGAGGACGUGCGGCGCGAGAACGAGGCGCUGAAGGAGAGGAUCAGGGAGCUGGAGCGGGCGAUAAGGGGUGAGGAGAGGGGGCGGCGCGGGGCUCCUGCUGCGUCUGUUGGGGGGGAGGGGGGUGCGUCUGCGUCUCCGUCUGCGGUUGUGGCUACCGGAGAGUCGUAGGCAGGGCGGCAUCAAGGGGAGGAGCUAGAGCGGUAUUCUUCCAGGGGUAUGCACUUAUACUUGCACUUGCACAAACCGCGUCACAGCCAGAUCUUGAGUUCUUUUAAUGCAUUAAACGUUAAGCUCAUAGCAAUACCCUGGCUAGCCCUGGUCCUUAGAGAUCAUUCUCACAGGCCCUGACUAAUCCUAGGAGGAGCGUGGAGGAUAGGGUCCCUUCAAGUUCCGAAAAUGGUGGCGGAAGAGUUCCCUUAAAGCCAACCAAAUGUAGAACACAUUUUGUAGCUAUUACAAUGCCC